GGGCCGUUAGCAGUUUUCUUCUCAAAAUAUGGAUCGUUGGUCUGGUAAGGUAGCUGUGGUGACCGGUGCGAGUUCCGGAAUCGGUGCUGCAACAGCGAAAGAACUGGCCAAGGCUGGGAUGGUUGUAAUUGGGUUGGCGCGUCGAGUGGAACGUAUCGAAGCGCUCAAGCUGGAACUGGAUGAAACCGUUCGGGAGCGCUUACAUGCCAUGCAAUGUGAUGUUUCCAUCGAGGAGUCUAUUCUGGACAGUUUUCGAUCGAUAGAGGCGAAAUUCGGCGGGGUGGACGUGUUGAUCAACAACGCUGGAGUCACUCGCAAGACCGAACUACUGCAGGCAGGGAAUACGGAUAAGCUGCGGGAAGUGAUGGACACGAACGUGAUGGGAUUGGUACUGUGCAGUCGGGAAGCGUUCCAGUCGAUGAAGAAUCGUUCGGUCGAUGGACACAUAGUGCACAUCAACAGCAUCGUCGGACACACAGUGCUCAACUUUCCUGGCACGAACAUCUACACGGCGUCAAAAUAUGCCGUGACGGCCAUUACGGAAACAAUGCGACAUGAGCUGAGGACUGCGGGAACGAAAAUAAAAGUCACGAGUAUCAGCCCAGGAGUGGUCAAUACAGAGAUACUGUCGCCCGAAAUGGCUGCCUUAGGGUUACCUAUGCUAGAGGCCGUGGAUAUUGCUAAUGCCAUUCUGUACGUAUUGGGUACACCUCCCGGAGUACAAGUUCAUGAACUGACGAUUAAGCCUGUUGGAGAAAGAUUUUAAACUUUGCGAACGUACCGAUGAGGAAGCACAGUUCACGGUUGAGUGUUGUUUCAGUGGAUCUUGACAUGAAGAUUGAGUG